GUCUGGGGCCUAAGGGGCUCUGAUUGCCUCACAGCACCAGAAACCUUGUCUGCUGUGAUCAUUAACCUUUCUGGAAAACGCAGCUAGCUGUUCUCUGAGGUCUGUCUUUAGAAUGUGAGGAGAGCCACACAGAUACCGCACAGACUAUUCAGAGAGGGGUUCCCUUGUGAGCUUUAGCUCCACUGUGGAGUGGCAGAAAAAUGAGAUUUCACCGGUUCUUUCUUCUAUUUGUCAUGUUUAUGAUGAGUCUUCUACUUAUUCAUGGACAAAGAAAAGCUAAUUUGGCAAUGAGAAGAAAAUUGCACAGACACAACGGCCUUAAGAGGAGACGUAUUCCUCUCCAUUCACGAGUGCCCUUCCCCUGAGGUCUUCUCUAUCUAACUUCACUGAGUCUGUCAGAAGAAGACUGAAGGAAAAGAUACCCGCCCACAUAAUACUGUGAUUGUUUAGAAGUUCCUCUAUCAAAAGGAGUUGUUUGAAAGCACCUGGUAGUUUAUUAGUUUCACCUGGAUUCUCUUCUUCCUGGUUCUCUUGUAGGGAGAAAAUAGCAAAUUCAAAUGCAAUUCGAGUCUGAAGUAUAGUUACUUGCUUGCAGAGCAAAAUUAUUUUAUCUUUUUCUGCACAUUGUUAUUCUUACUCGGUUUAAGAAGAAAAACCAUUUAAUGUUUUAGAACUUUAUAAUAAUAAAAUAUACACGUGUUUAAAAUUGUUCUUUCCUAGUCUUAUAAAUUUUCAAAGGUAUUAGAAUUACUUUGUAUAUGUAUGUUUUUUUUUUUAAA